GUCAUGUGACUGGGGGCUAUUUAUUUAGCUGUUAUUCACCAGAAGGAGCUGAGAGCAGGAGGGGGAAAGGAAGAGGCCAAGGGACAGGCAGUUACUGGAGAUCGCAAACAAGAUGGCCGACAUCCUGACUUCUCCAACACUCUCCCCCCCAAAUGUCAUUUACUGCCCCAAUGGAACCAAGUGGAUUUUGUCUGUGUUUGGCGACUGCGCAAUAACUGCCCGGGAUCAUGCCAGUGUGUAUGUGGGAAUGGUCUCCAUGGCGUGUUACGUGGCUUGUGCCUUCCCACAGUACUAUGAAGCCUGCAAGAGUAGGAAGAUGCACGAGGCCAUGUCCAUGUGGUUCCUCCUGCUGUGGGCGCUGAUAGACUCAUGUAACGCUGCCGGAGUUUUCCUUGCUGACCAGCUCCCCCUGCAGAAAUACUUAUCCAUCUACUUCAUUCUGAUCGAUUCUGUGAUGAUCAUCAUCUACUUCUAUUUCAAGUUUCAUGACCGGAGGCCCAAGUAUUCAGCUUACGCCCCAAUACGGGCUCUCUAUGGAUUUGUCCUUCUGGGCUCUAUGGCCACUUUCUCUCUUCUGCAGCAGUCAGAACCCGCAGUGCUGAACCCCCGGGAUGUGACUCCCAGCCGGCGCCUGCUCUCUGCUCAUGGGGAUGAGGAAUAUUCCAUCAGGAUGAAGAUCGGCUUCACCUUCGGACUAAUCACCACAAUGAUGUGCAUCAUCUAUCGAAUUCCUCAGAUCAUCACCAAUUUCAGGAGAAAAUCAGUGGAAGGUUUGGCCCUGGGAACGUUCCUGCUCAUGAUGGCGGCAAACAUCUGCCUGGGCCUGAGUAUUGCCAUUAAGAGCCCAAUGGAAGGGCAAACAGAGGCCAUUAAAGCUCUACAUCACUUGCCCUGGCUGAUAUGCUGUGCGGGGUCCUUCUGCUUUGACUGCAUUCUUAUGUCCCAGUUUUUCCAUUACCAGGCAAGGACAAGGGCUGAUGAAAAGCUGCCCCUUCUGAAGUCCACCGACUCCCUCUACAGCUGAGAUGGGGAAUGGCAGGAGCGCCAGUCAGUACAGUUGAUCAGAUUGCCGUGGCCGCGGCUGAUAAACCUCGCGAUUUGGGAAAAGUACGUUUUUUUUUACAGAUGUGGUGUGAUAUAUGUAUAUUUUUGAGCAUUUAUGGUAUAUUCCCAUAGUUUUGUAUAUAUUGCACUGCUUCAUGGAUGUCUUUUUUAUUUUUAUUCCUUAUAUCUAAUUGUAUAACCGUUACAAAUUAAUAAAAAUAAGAAAUAAAAUGACA